AUGAAGAGGAUGGAGAUAGAAGCCGCGAAUGAAGCGAGAAGGUUAGAAGUUGAAGAGAGAAGAGAGGCUAGAAGAUUAGAAGCUGAAGAGAGAAAUGAAGCGAGAAGGUUAGACCUGGAAGUUAGAAGGUUGGAGGUAGAGAAGAACAGAGAUUUUGAGUGGGAAAGAUCUAGACUGGGGGCUAACUCAACUCAUAAGGGAGGAGAAGGAGAGGGGAAUACAGUUGAGCGCCAGAUGGUAAGGAGUCUGCAGCUCAUCCCUGACUUUGACGAGCAGAAGGUUGCAGAAUGGUUCCGAAGAUUCGAGAAGAAGGCGGCUGAGUUCGGAUGGCAAGGAGAAAGAUGGGUUGGCCUCGUGGCCAAUAAGCUGAAAGGUAGGGCAUUGGAGGCAUACGACAAUAUGUCGGCGGAAGACCUAGAAAGUUACGAGGACUUUAAGGCUGACAUCUUGAGGGCUUACGAGCUGCGGCCCGAAGCCUAUCGCCUAAGGUUCAGAGGUGGGAAGAAGAGACCUGGUGAUUCCUACCUCGAGUGUGCUCGCCAUUUAGAGCAGGUCUUUAAGAGAUGGAUCAGGAGUGAGGAAGUGGAUUCUCAACGCGCCCUGGAAGAGUUGAUGGUUAUGGAGCAGUUCAUAAAUGCUGCUGACAAGGAACUGGUGCCUCUCCUCAGGGAGAAGCGUUUCAAAACGCUGAAGGAGGCUGCCACCUGGGCUGACGACCAUGUGUUAGCCCAUCGUUCGGAGCCUCGUACUGGAGGUGGGUUCAAAGAGGGAGGACCACGAGGGCCAGGGGGCGGUGG